CAGGCGGUGACCUCAGGGUGACGUGCCGCUCCGGCCCAGCCCAUCUGACGAUGCACCGCCGCUGUCUGCCCUGCAGUCUCUCAUCGAGAAAACAACAUUCCCACACGUCAAGGACUAGCAUCCCACCAGCCCGGUCAUACACAGCUACUCAUGCUUUGUGUCGACAAGAGGCCUAAUGUCUACCAACUGCGGCAAGAUGUACCACUCUGACCACGGUGUUGACUUACCUGACCUCUCUUUCCAAAUCCCUGGCAGCCCUGCAAAGUCAGGCCCAGCCAACAGUGUGUGAAUAUAAACUACAACAUCAUCACAUCACCUUCCCUGUCCCAUACAGAGUCUCCCUCUGCUCUAUUCCCACCCUCUCUUCCCCUGGACCAUGGACAGCCCCCCGAAGCUGUCAGGCGAGACCCUGAUUGUGCAUCAUAUCCCUCUAGUGCACUGCCAGGUGUCAGGUGCGCGGCAGGGUGGCUGUGGAGCCUCACUGAAAAGGAGCAACCCGUUUAGCCCACCGGAGAAUCUGGGCUUGAGUCGCACCACUUCCCUUCCCGAGAGGGAUGUCCUUCAGAGAGAGGCUCUGCUUUACAGCAGCCUGAUACAGACCUCCGGUGGCUCCUGGUCCUCUCACAACGGAGGAAGAGAGAAUAAGGGUGGCGGCAGAGGAGGCAGCACAGCAAGUGAUGAUUCAUCAUUUACCUCAAGCAAUUCAGAGGACCAACUGAUAACAGCUCACACAUUACCCAGAGCCAAACCAAGGAACAGAAAUCCACUGCGUCAUAAUCCAUUCCUGCUGAAUACCGAAGAUGACGAGGAUGCAGAGGAGGAGGAGGAGGAGGAUGGCGACAAUCUCAGUGGUUACCUUGAAGACUCCUCCUUUCACCUCCACAGUCACACUAACUCUGCCCUUGAUGACGGGAUGGCUUCUUUCCACUUACACGACCUUGGCUUUGCUUCUGAGCCCUUUCUUUUGCACAGCUCAGUGGGUGGAAGCAGUCGGGAGUCCCUGAGAGGCAUAUCCUCGGAUCUGUCCAACCACCUAGAGGACCUGGACAUUUUGGGAUUAGACAGCCAGCGGCGGCAUGGCAGCAGUGGUUCCAACAUGUCCAUGGAUUGUGGGGAGCAUGACUGGGGGGAUGACGAAGAAGAAGAUCAUCCUAUGAGGUGCGGGCGAAGUAGCAAGACAGGCUCCUACUCCUCAAGCUCCUCCACACAGCACUGCUCCUGCUGUGCACUCCAGAACUACCCUCACCACUUCCCUGAAGCCUUCCCUGAGCCUUUCUCAGAAUGCCAACAAGGCUAUGGUAGUGACUCCUCUUGUAACAGCUCAGAUGGUGUGCUCGUAAACUUCAGCGCCAUUUACAACAAGAUGAACAAUGGUGUCCCAGAGAAGCCACCACCCUCUGUGCACACCAACCUCAACAGCUCCACUGACCACUCGUGCACAUCAUCUGUUUCUGAUCCACCAGGAAACCAGCGAGACUCAGCUAGCGGGGCUUUCUAUUUGGACCUUCACACCUCCCCAACUGAACCUCCCCUCUUACAGCAACAGCCCUCUUGCCUUGGUAGCACCUUCCCUCUCAUCCGCGAACCAAACCUUUCUACCUCCUCUACGUGCUCCUGUGCUGUGGAGCACCAGGGGGCUCUUGACCUUGAUGCCAACUGCAACUCCUACCAUCCUCCACAUUCUGGGUCCUCUGGAGACAUUGCAUCCUGUCUGGAGAGUCAGGCACGCCUGGUUGUUGCCACACAGAACUACUACAAGCUGGUUACCUGUGACCUUUCCUCACAGUCGUCUCCUAGUCCCGCAGGCUCCUCAGUCAACAGCUGCUCCGAUGAACACAGCAAAGGCAGCCCCACCCUGACCCAGCCCAGUGAAUAUUUCUUGUUCAGACAGCGACCUGAUGAGGAGGGCAUGGAAGAAGAAGUUGAAGAUGAGGAGUCAUCUAGGCGAGAUAAAGAUGAUGAAGAUGAAGAGGAUGAGGAGGAGAAGAAAAAGAAUCAGCAGACAGCUGCUGGAGCUGAAGCUGCUGCUUCUGUGAUUGAAGGCCAGGUGUACGUCAACAUUUCUCCUCCUCUGGCUGGCCGCGGAUUUAUAGGAGGUGGAGCCUCCUCAGGAAGCCGUCCCCGCUCUCGCAGCUACGACCGCAACCUGGACAAGUCUCCAUCUCCUCGACUUGGAUCUCUGGAGCGCAUGUUGAGCUGCCCUGUCCGCCUUAGUGAGGGUGCCUCCCCAGCCCCACCUCCUCCUCCACGUGUUACUUCCUUCGCGGAGAUUGCAAGAAGCAAACGCAGAAACGGAGGUGCAGGGGGGUCACCAUCGCUUAAGGCAGCUGCAGAUCCUUUUUCCUCCACUUACUCAACCCACUCACACUCCUCGGUAGAUUUCUCUCCAAUUCCAGAGCGGCAUGUGGAGGCUGACAGCCGCGGCCUGUCACCUGUACCCUUUACCAGAUGUUACAGUCAAGGCAGCAUUGAGCGACACCUGGAGGGGGCGAGGGAGACCAGGGCCAAGGCUGAAGGUGGUCUGUCGGCUUCCUCAGACAGCAGCCCAGCAGUGGUCCGCUACAGGAAGGACCAACGGCCCACCACCCUCCCCAUCCAGCCUUUCACCUUCCACCAUCAGUUCACGUCCAAACCCCCGCAGCCCAAGCCUCUGCUGCCUCUGCUCACAGGCUACGUUUCUGGGAUGCAGGCUCGCUCCAGCUCCGGCUCUGGUUCUGACUCUGGAGGUCCGGUGGGGGAAGACAGUGAAGAUGUAGCUGAAAAUGUGCCCAGGUACCAGGGGACAGCCCCUCCUCCUGGAUCAGUUCGACCUUCCCCUCUUGGGAGCUACUCCCCAGUUCGGCUCCAGGGGGCGCACAGCUCUUCAACAUGUUCGACCUGCACCCCAAGCCCUCAGCCACCACACAGCCUCUCCUGCCCGCUUUCAGCAGGUCUUGGCCCCCUGCGCACCCCGCCAACAGGGAAACAGGAAAGGGGCUCAGGGCAGUUACCAUCCACCCCUCCACCUCCAUCUCUGGGGUUGAAGAGGGGGACGGUCCCUCCAAUGCUGCCGGUGGUGCACGCACACUGUCUCCAUCGUGGAUCUCUGGUCAGUUUACCAGCACUUCACAGUGACACACUGAGCCCGUUGGGCUGUCUGGAUUCUGGAAAUCACAUGGAGGGAAGCAAAGGACCUGGAGCCAGGACACAUAAUGCACAUCACCUUUCCCCCCAGGCUCUGAAAUGGAGGGAGUACCGUCGCCGAAACCCUCUGGGAGUGGAGAGGGUCUCAGGGGGCCGUGCUGGUAACCUGGAACCCCGAAGGGGUGGGGGACCACGACCUGCCAGACGGAAUGUGUUCGAUUUCCCUUCAGCUCUUUCUGGCCACACUCUGGGACGGCUCAAUGCAGUGGGCCAAUCAGCUAAGCUGCAGCGGAGCUUCAGCGACUUUCAGCCGGACUACUUCUCCUUGACUGAGAAGCCUCCGGAGGAGUUCUGCCUCUCCCCUGAUGCUUCAACAUCCUCCUCCUCCUGCUCUUCCUCACAGUCCCACAUCUCUGUGGACCUGACGCAGAAGAGAGGUUUGGUGAAAGCCGUGAACACAGCAGUGGAUCUGAUUGUGGCACACUUCGGUACCAGUCGAGACCCAGAUGUGAAAGCUAAACUGGGGAACAGCUGGGUGAGUCCCAACGUGGGUCACCUCAUCCUGAAGUACCUGUGCCCGGCCCUGCAUGAGGUGCUGCAGGAUGGUCUGAAGGCCUACAUACUGGACCUGAUCAUCGGACAGCGGCGCUGCAAGCCUUGGACCCUGGUGGAAGCCUCCACACAGCUGGGCCCGUCCACACGUGUUCUUCACAGCCUGUUCUCAAAGGUGAGCCAGUACUCUGAGCUCACAAGCCACAGCAUGAGACUGAACGCCUUCAUCUUCGGCCUGUUAAACCUAAAAUCUUUGGAAUUCUGGUUCAAUCAUCUCUACACACAUGAAGAUAUUAUAGCAGCACACUACAACCCGUGGGGUUUCCUUCCCUUGUCGCAGGGAGCAUGUCAGCCACUCUUUGAAGAGCUCCUCCUCCUGCUGCAACCGCUGUCGCUCCUCCCCUUUGACCUGGACCUACUGUUUGAACCGCACCUCCUCCAAAAAGGCCAGGAACACCUCCGUCGCAAGGAGCAGUUGUGCUCUGCAGGCCAGAGUGUCGACCAGUCAACACACUCCACCUUCCAGCUCAUGAGAGGUUGGAGCACCACUGUGAGCGAGAUGGUCAGAGAUUCAAGUGCGGAGGUGAAGAAAGAGAGGGCGGUGCUGAGACGAGAGGGAACAUGGCCAUGGAUGGAAGGGGUUGGGUCGAGAAGAGAUGGAGCCAGGAUGAAUUCUCGGCUGAGUAAAGAGGGGGCAACAACUGACAACAUGACAGCCGGGCCUGUCAACAGACAGACAAUGAUGGAAGUAGGGUUUGCUAAUCUCUGGAAGGAGAGGGGGAUGGGUGGUCAAAGAGUAAAAGGCGUAGGACAAGAGAGCCAAGGAGGAGAUGAGAAUGGACAUGAGAAGGACAAGAGGAAGGAAAAAGAGAAGGAUAUGACAGAUGAGGGGCGUCAGCGACAAGACAGACAGGCUGGCUGGUGGUACCAGCUCAUGCAGUCCUCCCAGGUUUACAUUGAGCAAUCCACAGAGGGGUCAAAGUUUGUUAAGACUGAGAAGAGAAAGAAGUCAUCAGAGAGACGACAUGGCCAGCUACCGCCCACCAGAGAGGGAGUGGUGGAGGGAGCGGAGUCAAGCCAAGAAGGGGAAGGGUAUAGAAGCAGGAAAAGUAGCAGUAGCUCUAGCGGGGAGUCAGCUGGAGCCAGGGGAAGGUCUUCAUGGAUGGGCAGCCCACCAGAGUCCGUUAUCAACCGGGAGAAAGAUACCAAACCUCUGAAGGUCACAGGGACUGGAGCGCAAGCUGCAGCCCAAGAAGAAAGCCCCUCUCAGGGACAGAGUCUACGCUGGGGAAGACUCUUUGGAUCUCGUGUUGGUUCUCCCUCAAGAGCAGAGGGAGCUGAACAGAGGGCAAAAGCUCCCACGACCAGGCCACCAUCAGGCUGGCUUGCUCUGGAUAGGUCUGUUCUUGACCUCGUAGCUCAGACUAUUGGAGCAGGUGGCAAGAAGGCAGAGCCUGCAGCCACUCCCACUCACACCCAAACCACACCGCCACUGAGGUCAACCCAACCAACUGAUGCCAAACAACAGUCUACGUGUGAAGUACGAGCAUUGUGCCACCACAUAGCCACCGAGCCCGGCCAGCUGAGCUUCAACAAGGGGGAUAUCCUGCGGGUCCUGAGCAAAGCUGACCCAGACUGGUUGCUCUGCUCCCUGGGCAACACGCAGGGCCUGGUUCCCAUCAUCUAUGUCACUCUCAAAACCAUGGAGGACAGCCAGGAUGCCACUGGACUCGGGCAGUGCUGAGCCAAAGCUGUCCCACGAGGAGUCAAUGCAAGAUGAAGGAAAGCUGCUUUGGAGACAGAGGUUCACUGUACCACAGUCUACUGAAAACUUGACUUAGUUUGAGUGAAGUUUGAGAUAUCUGUACACUGGGGACAAGUCCUGAAAAAACAAAACAUUGCAGAAAUCGUGAAGAUCAUGAAGAGGAUGUACAGGCACAUAACAAGGAAGCAUGCAAACUCAAACACAAACUCACAUCCGCUUCAAGGGGACAUCCACACAAGUGUGCAUGCAUACAUCCAAAAAACCAAAAGACCAGACAAGAAACAAACCCAAAGACACUCCAAGACACCCUUCUCUCUCUGCGUGAAGCCGUGCCACUAGCUUAACUGUGUAACUGUCCAGUCUAUAUAUCACCCAUCUCGACAGAACAAAGAGGGGCUACUCAUAAAUUGGAAUUUUCACAAUAUAAUAUAUGCCAUGCUUAGCUGCACUUUGCUGUACUGUCUGCACAUUCACCUAGCUGUGCCACGCUCUGAACACAGAGCUCAGUUAUUGCCCUCAGUCAAGCGCCGGCGUCGGUUUGACUUACUUGAUCUUUUUAAUUCAUGCGGUGACUUUUUUCAUAGCGAGAUUUAAGGUGGAUGACGUAAAAGCAAAUGUUGUUAACUUUCUGAUCCGCUCCCACUGCAGAGGUGAGAUUCAGCACGUUGUUAUGAGGAGAGUAGGAGAUCAGACACCAGUUUGUUUCGAUGGCUGUUCACUCCAAGGGAAAAGAGUGCAAAAGGAGUGUUUCCAUUCCCCGUCUGCGAUCGCAACUCAUCAAAGCCUGUUUAUAUGGAAAUGAAGGAAUGGGUGCACUGAAAAGCAAAUUGCCUUUCCCCCGCCCUCCUUUCCCUCAUAAGGACACAGCUGGGAUGAAUCAGUGAUUGACAGUGCUUAAGUUAACCUUGCCAAAAUGCCAACUUUUUGCCCUACAGUCCCGUUGCACUUGUGUUCCUGCAGUGUCCUGCACCUCGACACCCUCCUCGAUGUCUCAUCAAAGGACGCUUCACGGCUUUUGAAGCGAGCGACUGCAGCCUGUGCUGUACAUUUUGAUCUAUCGGUACAUACUGUAAAUGCAUAUGUGACUUAUACAUGUGGUGAGUUCUGUUUAUUUAUUGACCAGUCCAGUCAGCUGAGGGAAGCAUCUGAAUGGACAGUUGCAGAAAACAGGGAAGGAUGUCCAAUGAAAGCAUAGCAAAGCAUAGCUGUGGAGAUGUGUGGGAGGCAUUUUUUUGAAUGUGUUGGGGCACGAGCCAAGAAACUCAUAGCCAACAAUAUUAUGGGUAAUUAUUAUCAUUGCAUUAGUUAUUGUUUGUAUCGCAUUUUGAGAGGAGUAAAUGAUCGUGUCUAUGCCUUAAAGCGCUUGAAGAAAAAAAGGGAGAAUUAGCGACUAGUGACCUAAUAUUUGACCUUACGUUGUAUUUUGUAUAAGCUAUGAUGUGUCUAACUUGCCAUGUUCCCCAGAUUUAUGUCUACAGAGAUUCUUGUUGCUUCAGAGACGAGUAUUGUGAAGGAAUAGAGACAAUACAGACGUGAUAUUUUUUUGAUGCUUAAAGGGAAACCCCAACACAUUUUGUGAUGGUGGCUCUAUGGGCAUUUAGUGUUGCUGUGUACGUGGUACCAGUCAUGCCCAGGUGGAAAAUGUGGCCUUAGGUUCAAAAAGAGUUGGCGAAAAUGACGGCUGGAUAGAUGUGAAGUGCAUACAGAUGCCCAAUCCAAAUAAUACACAUUAUAAAAUGGUAAAAAAUAGUACAUUUAUUAAAUAAAUGAAUGCUUGUGUAGUAUUUUGAAAAAACUUUCAUAGGAUAUAAUUUUACCACUUUAAUUUUCAUUUUGUUGCGUUCUUGUACAGUUUGUACAGUCAUUUAAUUUCAGUAAAAACAAUUUAAUGCUUCAUUUUCAUUGAACUGUAAAUAUAUUUAAAUCCUUCAAAGAUUAAUUUCUGCCACAGAGUUGUAUGUAUGAAUGUUUGACUUAUUCAUACAUUUAUGUUUAAUACGGGAAGCAGGUACAAGCUUUAGUUUCAGUGCUAACAACCGGGAUGCUGGCCGUGUUAGUGGGUAGGAGCCAGGCAGUUUGCUGUUCAUUGACAUCCUGUUCACAUAGGACAGACAGAAAUAAACACACAGUAGUGAUAAAACCAGAGUGACUCGGAGGCUCAGGGGUAAGAGACAAAGACAGAUUCAUAUUUGAUUUGGCUUUUGAUUAGAUGAAAAUGUUGUGCUUUAGGAGUCACAUAAACGAGAGGAAGAAAGACGCUGUGUGCCGUCUUUCUUUCUCUCUUUGUUUUUAAACUGCUUUCUCUCUCCCUGGCUGCCUCCUCCUGCCUGUAAAUACCUUCAGCAUAAGGGACACUGCUCUUCUCUCUGCGUCCAGGCUAUAUGACGUAUACGUAUGACAUUAUCAAACUACUAUGGAUGUUAAAUAACAAAGUGCUCAUGUGAUCACAAACUUAAA